AUGCAUGUUUGGGAAAGGAAGGGUGAAGACCCAAAGGUAGUGCUGGGCCGAGGCAUGUGAAGACGGCCCAAGUGCCCUGAAUCAGGAUUGAAGGUGCGUCCCUCAAUUUAUUUUUCAUUUUUUAUUUUACCUUGAAACUGGUCCUUGCACGUGUGAAUAUGCUUCAAUCGCAAUAGACAACCCAGUGUCGAACAUCGAAAAACCUUGGGCACAGGUGAUCGCCGUCGACGACUGGCCGGAGAAGUGAUACCGUCGACGAUGUUGCAACGACGUUCAUCCACGAAGAGCAACUCCCCGAACUGCACCUGCUUCGAUUUGCAAGACAGGGUGAGCGCCUGAGAAGCAGAGGGCAUUCGAGAACUAACAGUUCAAGGUCGACCCAGCAGUUUUUCACUUGGAUCGACAAUGGAACAGCACGAGGAUGAUGAUGAUUCACUCACCAAUGGAUUGCACAGGACUUUUAAGCAAGAUGUCGAAGUGCUCGAGUCCGUCGUCAACGCCAUUAUGGACGCCGAGGGCGACGCCGAUCCUGCCAUUUUCAAAAAGGCGCAAGUCAUUGUUGAAAAGUAUCAAGAGCAGGGCCAACUGUUGGAGCCUGUAUUGGAAGGCAUAAUCACUCCCGUGAUGGGCCUCGUUAGAUCAGUCGUUCUAGAAUUGAAUGGGAAUAAAUUGACGAAGUCACAGUUACAGGUGGUGAAGAAAAUUUGUUCGUUGAUUCACACUUUGAUGACCGUUUGUAGCUACAAGACUGUGGUCAAGUUUUUCCCACACCAGGCAGCAGAUUUGGAGGUUGCAGUUGGUUUGCUUGAGCAAUGUGAAGAGGAGGUUGUAGUUGGCAGCAUCUUGAAAGAGGAGAGUACUGGUGAAUGGGAGACAAAAUGUUGCUUGCUCCUAUGGCUUUCCAUCUUGGUUUUGAUACCUUUUGACUUAGCUUCAGUUGACACUUCUUUGGCGGAUCCUAGAGCAGCAGAUACUAUGCUUGCCGGUGACGAUGAGGCCACUCCUAUGGUGCAGAAAAUUAUCAACAUAUGCACUAUUCAUCUGGAAAACCCGGGGCCUUCAAGGGAGAUGGCUGGGGUGCUCUUGUCACGCUUGUUAACCCGGCCUGAUAUGCGUGGUGCCUUGAGACGUUUCAUGGCAUGGGCACAUGAUACACUAGCUUCACCACUAGAUAGCAGGGUGGGCGUGUUCUUAGUUCCGGGUGUCAUCAUGGCUAUUGCUGCCAUAUUCAAGGUUGGAGGUCGUGACAUUUUGCUGGAUAUCGCUCCUUCCGCAUGGCAAGAAGCUUCCAAGUUAGCAAGGUCCCAAUCAGCCAUCCGUAGCCCUUUGCUUCGCAAGCUAUUGGUGAAAUUGAUUCAACGUAUUGGCAACACAUAUCUUCCUCCCCGAAUUGCCACAUGGCGUUACAUGCGUGGGAGUCGGUCUCUCAUCCAGAACCUAACUGCUGUUAGUGAAGACACAAAUAUUGAUAUUGUGCAUUCUAAGAAUGAUAAAAGUGUAGCUCCUGGACUUCUUGGUAGUUCUGGUGUUGACACUGAGGUUUCAGAGGAUGACAUUGAAAUUCCAGAAAUCAUGGAGGAAGUUAUUGAGUUCUUAUUAGCUGGUCUUCGUGACAAAGAUACUGUCGUGCGGUGGUCCGCUGCUAAAGGUGUGGGACGAGUGACAGGCCGGCUUACUCUUUCAUUUGCGGAUGAUGUGGUGGCUUCAGUUCUUGAUCUAUUUCAAUCAACUGAGGGAGAUGGAGCAUGGCAUGGAGGAUGCCUGGCCCUAGCUGAACUAACACGCAGGGGUCUUCUGCUGCCUGAACGCUUGCCUGCAGUAGUCCCUGUAAUAGUUAAGGUAAUAAUAGCGCUAUUGUUGACUGCAGCGGCAUAUGUAUGCUGGGCAUUUGUGAGAGCAUAUUCUUCGGCAAUUAUGAAUCCUCAUUUUCAAGUUUUGGCCCCUGCUCUUCUCUCCACUGCCUGCUAUGAUCGCGAGGUUAACUGUAGGAGGGCAGCAGCAUCGGCUUUUCAGGAAGGUGUGGGAAGGCAAGGAGAUUACUUGCACGGUAUAGAUAUAGUCAAUGCUGCAGAUUACUUUUCUCUCGGCUCACGAGGAAAUGCUUAUCGAAGUGUGGGACCCUUUGUAGCCCAGUUUGAUGAAUAUCGACUGUGCUUAAUUGAGGAGCUCCUAAGCACAAAGAUUCGUCAUUGGGAUAGGUCGCUACGUGAAUUAGCUGCAGAGGGUCUCGCAGCACUUGUAAAGUAUGAUCCGGGAUAUUUUGAGACGACUGUGCUGGGCACACUCCUACCCUGGACUCUAUCACCGGACCUCGGCCUUCGUCAUGGUGCCGCACUAGCGGCCGCAGAAGUUAUUCGAGCUCUCCAUGAGUGCGGCUAUCCAUUAAAGCCAGAUAGAGAGAAAACCAUUGCCGCCGCUGUACCUGCAAUCGAGAAGGCUCGUCUUUACAGGGGGAAAGGUGGGGAAAUUGUGCGAUCUGCUGUUUCCCGGCUGAUUGAAGUCACUGCUAAAGUUAAAAUUCGUUUAUCGCCCAAGAUUCAAAAAUCGCUGCAUGACACACUCGAUGAGAAUCUGAAGCAUCCCAACAGUGAUAUUCAGGCAGCGGCUGUGGCAGCUCUAAAGCCAUUCAUCCACACCUAUUUGCUGCCUGCAAGUGCUACAACGGUGACACGGUCUACUGGGAAGUACGUUCAAAUACUGAAAGCAGAUCCAAAUCCUUCUGCAAAAAGGGGCGCUGCACUUGCCUUCACUGCCCUACCUGGCGAGCUUCUGGCUCCUGUGUGGAAGGAUGUCAUAUGUACACUUAGCGCGGCUACUAUCCCUGAGGAGAGGGUUGAAGAUCAGGAUGCAGAAACGCGUAUGAAUGCUGUGCGUGGUUUAGCUGCUGUUUGUGAAACCCUUUAUGGGGGUCCAGGCGAAUCUUUAUCAAACAUAUUUAUUCCCUCAGACGCUCUUGUGCCUCACAAGCAAUUGACACUGGUAAUAAGAGAGGAAGUGAUGGAGGUGUUGUUCAAGGCUUUGGAAGAUUAUGCUGUUGAUAAUAGAGGAGAUGUUGGAUCCUGGGUUCGGGAAGCUGCUAUGGAUGCGUUGAAACGGUGCUCAUUUCUUCUUUGCUUAGAAACUAAGGUAGACCAGAGAAAGGUAGAGCCUAAACAUUCUUCUGGAGGUACUGAAUGUUCUCCUGGCGGGACUGAACGUUCUUCUGGAGAAUCGGAAACCAGUGGAUCGACAACAGAAUGGUCUAAUACUCUCUUUGAUAAAGAAAUCGCCGUGAAAGUGGUUGGAGGCUUGGCUAAGCAGGCAGUGGAGAAGAUCGAUCGUGUUAGGGAUGUGGCUGGACGUACGUUGCAGCAGCUACUGCAUAGUGAUCAAGUGAUCAGCGAUCAGAUUCCCCAUAGGAGAGCACUAGAGCAGAUUGUCCCGAAUGACACAAGUUUGAAUUGGGCAGCCCCCGCAGUUUCCUUCCCUCGCCUUGUGCAGUUCCUCAAGUUCCCCGAGUUUCGGCCCUAUCUUCUCUCUGGGAUUGUCAUUUCUGUUGGAGGUCUCGGAGACUCACUAGGCAAAGUUUCUUCACAAGCCCUAUUUAAUUUUCUUCAAGAGGUUCCACCUACAGCAAGUGGCAUUGGGGCUCUGACCGAUUCUAGCUCUGCUUGGCUUGGUGGACAAAUGGUAGAGCUGUUAAAGAACAAUCGAGGCAUUGACCGUGUGAUAAUACCAGCACUAAAGACGGUGGAUGUUUUGUUCUGCAAGGGAGUGUUCUCACAUAUGAUGGAUUGUGAUGAUAAGUUCGCCACGGAGAUAUUGGAUUUCAUCAAAAGUAAUCUAAAAGGGUGCAGAGAUGUCUCCAAGUUGUUGGCAGCCAUUAAUGUCCUCAGUCAUUUCGCUCUAUGGCGUGAGCCAGCCCGAAGUAAUGCUCUUGAACAGUUACUAGUUCUUCUGGGCUACAGAUACCCUAGGGUUAGGAAGGUUUGCGCCGAGCAGGUAUACUUGCUAUUGAUCCAACGUGGUGACGAAAUCCUGGGAGCUGAUGAUGUGGAAAUAGCACUGGAACUUAUUGGAGAGACUUCCUGGGACGGACGUAUUGAAGAGAUCAGAGAGAAGAGAGCUCAGCUUUUUGAUCUUUUCAAUCUGGAAAGGCCAGCAGUUGUAGACGUAACUAUACGUCCAGACGAUGCACCUGGUCGAAGGAAGGUUCCGAGGGAUGAAAACCAGUCUUAUGCAGCUCUCUUAAGUGCCGAGGAGAAAUAUUGAUUUUAUGCUAGGCAUAUUGUCAGUGAGGUCUUGAAUGUCUAUCCAACUAAAAUGGUUAUGCGAGUCAGGUUCAGGUUCAUCAAUCAUCGAUCGCAGGCAGGUUGACGAGAGAAUUUACAGGACAAUGCUCAUCUGAAUGCUUCUGAACUGUGAAGUUAAUUUCUGUCAAUGUGUUCAGCAUAUGCCGUUCAAAGUGGCAGAGAUAGGUUGGACUGCAAGCUGUGGGAUCGGGCUGUGACUCCUGAUCACUCUUCCAACCAUGCCUGAACUUCAAGCCUCUACGCAAUCCGAUAAUUUCAACCCUUCAGAGUCGUUUCUUAGCAUCCCUCAUGGGUUGAUAGUUCACGCGUCGUAUGUCUUGUUCUGGUUCAUAUUAUUUUUGUUAGCCACUAAAAAUGGUCAGAUUAAACAUGGUCAGGGGUAACGCCUCCUACCCAGACGAAAGCAAUCUAAAACAUUGCAAUAAACGGUACAUUUCAACCUAA